GAUUCUUCUUCUCUUACUCCCGCCGCAAUCAAUGGCUUCAGCUUCCCAUGUGCUUCUCCUUCUCACCUCCAUUGUCUUCUCUUCUCCUCCUCCUUCUCUUCACCUCCAAUGGCUUCGUUCUCUCCUUCCUUCAUGCCUCUGCUCAUCUUCUUUCUCUUGAAUUGUGGAUUGGCUACCUUCUCCAUCGCCGACCAGGAUGCUGACCGGAUCUCACAUCUCCCUGGGCAACCGACCAACGUGGCCUUCUCGCAGUACUCCGGGUACGUCACUGUGAACGAGAAGGCAGGGCGGGCGUUGUUCUACUGGCUCGUUGAGACUCCGGCUUCCGUUCAGCAAGCGCCGCUUGUUCUCUGGCUCAAUGGCGGCCCUGGAUGCUCUUCGAUCGGUUAUGGCGCUUCUGAGGAGCUUGGUCCGUUCCGUAUCAACUCCGACGGGAAGACACUGUUCUUCAAUCAGUAUGCUUGGAAUAAAGUGGCGAAUAUACUGUUUUUGGAGUCACCGGCGGGUGUUGGAUUCUCGUAUACCAAUACGUCUUCGGAUUUGUACACUGCUGGAGACCAGAGAACAGCCAUAGAUGCGUACCAUUUCCUUGUGAAUUGGUUUGAGAGGUUCCCUCAGUACAAACAUAGGGAUUUCUAUAUUGCUGGAGAGAGCUAUGCAGGGCACUAUGUUCCUCAAUUGUCCCAACUUGUUUAUAGGAAGAACAAGGGAAUUCAGAAUCCAAUCAUUAACUUGAAGGGAUUCAUGGUGGGGAACGCUGUGACUGAUGAUUACAAUGACUAUGUGGGCACUUUUGAGUACUGGUGGACUCAUGGCUUGAUCUCUGAUGACACCUAUAAAGAUCUGAAGGUCACUUGUGACCUUCAAUCUUCCGAACAUCCAUCAAUGGAGUGUGUGAAGGUCCUCGACUCCGCCAGUUUAGAGUUUGGUAACAUUGAUCCAUACAGUAUAUACACAAUCACUUGCAAUAUGACUGAAUCUCUCAAACGCACUUUUAGGGGCCAUUAUCCUUGGAUGUCCAGAGCAUAUGAUCCAUGCACUGAAAGCUAUGCCAGGAUGUAUUACAACCAUCCUGAAGUUCAGAAGGCACUCCAUGCAAAUGUUACUGGGAUAAAUUAUGCUUGGGAUACAUGCAGUAAUAUUGUUGGGACCUAUUGGGCAGACUCUCCUAGAUCAAUGCUUCCUAUUUAUCGUGAACUUAUUGCGGGAGGCCUAAGGAUAUGGGUGUUCAGUGGAGACACAGAUGCUGUAGUUCCUGUGACAGCAACUAGAUAUUCAAUCGAUGCUCUCAAGCUCCCAACCAUCACCAAUUGGUAUCCAUGGUAUGACAACGGAAAGGUUGGUGGAUGGAGCCAGGUUUAUCAAGGCCUUACCUUUGUAACCAUUACUGGAGCUGGACAUGAGGUUCCCCUUCAUCGGCCUCGCCAAGCUAUGAUACUUUUCAGACAUUUUCUGCAAAAUAAGCCUAUGCCGCAAGCUACUUCAGUGAACUAAAAAAAGAAAUGAAGAAAUUGUCUUAUUUGUUUCACUUGCAUCCAUUUUUUACCAGUUGCUUAUUGGUAAAGGCUGGCCAACAAUAAAAAUUAGGUGGUUGUUAUGCAUUGAUCGAUGAUUGCAAUUGUAAGAACAUGGAUUCUGUAAAUAAUUCUUAUUAAUCAGGUGAUUUUAAAUAUAUUCACAUACAUA